AUGAAGUCGCAUUUCCUUCUCCUGGUUGCUUUAAUCGGCCUUACUGCUGCCAUGCGCGAUCAAUCAAUCGCCGUAAAAGGUAAAUUGCUUUGUGGCACGAAGCCGGCGGCAAAUGUUCGUGUCAAGCUCUGGGAGGAGGACACCGGACCGGAUCCGGACGAUUUGUUGGAUCAGGGAUACACCGACGCCAAUGGGGAGUUUCAAUUGUCCGGCGGAACUGCUGAAUUGACACCAAUCGAUCCAAUUUUCAAAGUUUAUCAUGAUUGCGACGAUCUCAAGCCUGGAUCGCGCAAGGUGAAAUUCGCCCUUCCAAAGUCUUACAUUACCAAUGGCAAGACCCCGAAGAAGACGUUCGAUAUUGGAAUCCUUAACCUUGAAACCGAGUUUGCGAAAGAAGAGCGCGAGCUGAUUGUUUCGCGUCGCCGCCGCGGUGGCUUCAAUUCCGACUACAUGGACCCUGAGGCAAAAUCCGAUCCAGUAAUCGAGUCCAAGAAGGAAGCUUCAUCAGAAUCCGAUGAACGCGACUAG